UAGAAGGCUUGAGACUUCACCAGCGAUUCUUUUCUGGAACACACGUCUUGACCUUUUCUUCCUUCUGUUCGUUCUCUGAUCGCAAGUGAGUGAUUGAGAAGAUGUGGGCAGCUUCUUGCCUUGCUUCGUGCUGCGCAGCAUGUGCUUGCGAGGCAUGCCGAUCAGUCGUGUCUGGGAUUAGCCGACGCUCCGCUCGGCUUGCUUAUUGUGGUCUCUUCGCUUUUUCCCUGAUUGUCUCGUGGAUUCUUAGAGAGGUUGCCGCCCCGCUCAUGGAGAAGAUUCCUUGGAUUAAUCAUUUCCACCAAACUCCUGAUAGGGAGUGGUUUGAAACAGAUGCGGUGUUGCGUGUGAGCUUGGGAAGCUUCCUAUUUUUCACCAUCUUUGCCAUUAUAAUGAUUGGAGUCAAGAAUCAGAAGGAUCCUCGGGACCAAUUGCAUCACGGCGGAUGGAUGGUGAAGAUCGUUAGCUGGUGUUUGUUGGUUAUUUUAAUGUUUUUCCUUCCAAAUGGGAUCGUCAGCUUCUAUGAGACAAUAUCAAAAUUUGGCUCAGGAUUGUUUCUUCUUGUUCAAGUUGUUCUCUUAUUGGAUUUUGUUCAUGGAUGGAAUGACAAAUGGGUUAGAAAGGAUGAGCAGUUCUGGUACAUCGCAUUGUUUGUUGUUUCACUUGCAUGUUAUGUGGCAACAUUCUCCUUCUCAGGGCUGCUCUUUCAUUGGUUCACUCCAUCUGGACAUGACUGUGAACUCAACACUUUCUUUAUAGUUUUGACACUGAUUUUCGUGUUUGUCUUUGCUAUUGUCGCACUGCAUCCUGCGGUUGGUGGCAGCAUAUUACCUGCUUCAGUUAUAUCUCUGUAUUGCACAUACCUUUGCUAUAGCGCACUAUCCAGUGAACCGAGGGACUAUGAGUGCAAUGGGCUUCACAAACAUUCCAAAGCUGUCUCAACAGGGACACUUUCCUUGGGACUUCUCACUACAGUUCUUUCUGUCGUCUACUCUGCUGUUCGUGCUGGAUCUUCUACAACUCUCCUUUCAGAAUCAGGUCAAAGUUCUCAAUUGAUUACUGACAAAAGGGAUGAGAAGGAGAAUGAAGCUAAGCCAGUCACAUACUCUUAUGCCUUCUUCCAUAUCAUUUUCUCUCUCGCAAGCAUGUAUUCAGCAAUGCUUCUAACAGGUUGGUCGACCUCAGUUGGGGAAAGUGGAAAGCUUGUUGAUGUGGGGUGGCCAUCCGUGUGGGUCCGGAUUGUUACAGGGUGGGCUACUGCAGUUCUGUACAUCUGGUCUCUAGUUGCUCCUCUUCUGUUCCCAGAGAGGGAGUUCUAAAUGACUUUUGUUAAACAUUAUCUUUAGGGGUUUUAUGUUAUGUUUUCUUUAUAAGUUGGGUUAAAUUGUAAUUAUGUUUAGUUGUCUUUGUUAUUAGUUGCGCUUUAGUUUAAUGCCCUAUAUUGUAAUUUCACUCUCUUUAAGUUAUAAAUAAAGUGGGCCAACCCAUUCA